CCCCGCGCCCCAGCCGCGCCGCCGCCGCCGAGCCCGGCCCCGCUGCCGCGGCCGCCGCGGAUCGCAGCCCCUCCCCCGCCCGGCCCGCGGCCCGGCCCCUGCGGCCCGCGCGGAGCGGACUCGCGUGGUGCUGCCCGGUGGGACCAUCCGUGGAGCCGGUGCCAGGAUGCCCCGGGGGUGUGGAUGACCAGCCGUCCAGCCCCAGCACGGCCCGGGCCGCAUGCCACUGCCCCGCGUGGACCGCUCUCCGAGGGCCGCCUGGACCCGCACCCAUAGUCUCCUGACCCGGGGCCCUCGGCAGCCCCUUCCUGCCUGGCCGCCCAGGGCGGAGGAGGCGCAGGAGUGAGCUGCUCAAGCCCUCGGAGCAAGCAAACGCUGACGGCGGAAAGACCCUGGGGAAGGGGCUUUGCGGCCGGCUAGAAACAUUUUCCCCAAGCGGCUCCGCAAAAUGACCAGCCUGUUCCGUCGGAGCAGCAGCGGCAGUGGCGGUGGCGGUACCGCGGGGGCGCGCGGGGGCGCGGGAGGGGGAGGCGCGGCCGCCCCCCAGGAGCUCAACAACAGCCGGCCGGCCCGCCAGGUGCGCCGCCUGGAGUUCAACCAGGCCAUGGAUGACUUCAAGACCAUGUUCCCCAACAUGGAUUACGACAUCAUUGAAUGCGUGCUGCGCGCCAACAGUGGCGCGGUGGACGCCACCAUCGACCAGCUGCUGCAGAUGAACCUGGAGGGCGGGGGCAGCGGCGUCUAUGAGGAUAGCUCCGACUCCGAGGACAGCAUCCCUCCGGAGAUCUUGGAGAGGACUUUGGAACCCGACAGCUCAGAUGAAGAGCCCCCGCCUGUGUACUCACCACCAGCCUACCACAUGCACAUGUUUGACCGGCCCUACCCUCUGGCUCCACCGACUCCGCCUCCCCGGAUCGACGCGCUGGGCUCUGGAGCCCCUACAAGCCAGAGGCGCUAUCGGAACUGGAACCCACCGCUGCUGGGCAACCUCCCCGAUGACUUUCUCCGCAUCCUGCCCCAGCAGCUGGACAGCAUUCAGGGUAAUGCUGGGGGCCCCAAGCCUGGGAGUGGAGAGGGAGGUCUGCCGGCCAUGGCCGGGUCAGGGCCCCGAGACCAGGAGAGCCGCUGGAAGCAGUACCUGGAGGACGAGAGGAUCGCUCUUUUCCUGCAAAAUGAGGAGUUCAUGAAGGAGCUGCAGCGGAACCGUGACUUCCUCCUCGCCCUGGAGAGAGAUCGAUUGAAAUACGAAUCCCAGAAAUCUAAAUCCAGCAGUGUGUCUGUCGGAAAUGACUUUGGCUUUCCAUCUCCUGUCCCAGGAACUGGCGAUGCCAACCCUGCUGUGUCUGAAGAUGCCUUAUUCAGGGACAAGCUGAAACACAUGGGAAAGUCCACCCGGAGGAAGCUGUUUGAACUUGCCCGAGCCUUCUCAGAGAAAACCAAAAUGAGGAAGUCAAAGAGGAAACACUUGUUGAGGCAUCAUUCGCUGGGGGCUGCUGCAUCAACAGCCAACCUCCUAGACGACGUGGAGGGCCAUGCGUGUGACGAAGACUUCCGGGGAAGGCAGCGGGAGGCACCCAAGGUGGAGGAAGGCCUGCGAGAAGGACAGUAAGAGCUCAGCUGACCAACCUCCUGCCACAGGGACAGGCCUCUGAUGCCAAAAGAGGAAGCUGGUGCCGAUUCCAGACAGCACAGUUCUCAAGGUCGAAGUUUUUCCUUGCCUUGAGCCAACGGCCUCCUGGAGCUUCCAACCACACAUCUUGCUCCUGAGCCCCCAGUCACUGCUGCUAAGGCUGCCCUUCUUUCCCCUGAUGCCACGUUUCAGCUGGGUGGCCUCACCGGCUCUCUUCCCUGACAACUCCUGUGCCUCCUGUACUCCCUGCAGGGACUUCCCCACCUAUCAGGAUCUGGCCCCACCCUCAGUCAGACCCAGGGAGGGACAGGGUGAUGCUCUACAUGAGCGGUCCUGAGCAAACCAGGAUUAUCCUCCAGCCCUGAUUCUCUGCGCUGUAUUCAUUACCUGGGAAGCAGUUCCAAAUGCCAAUUCUCAGUCCCAUCCCAGACCUACGGAGUCAGAGACUCUGGGGGUACAGCCCAGCAACCUGUGAUUCUGAUGCAUACCACAGUGUAGGAACCAUGGUACCAGGCCAGUACCCAGCACUGGCUGUCCAGAAUUACUUGAAUAGCUUUUGAAAAAAACUCCUGGCCAAGAUGAGGCUCAGUGGCUCACACCUAUGAUCCCAGCACUUUGAGAGAUUGAGGAAGCAGGAUCACUUGAGCCCAGGAGUUUGAGACCAGCCUGGGCAACAAAGUGAGACCCACCCGCUUCCCCGCAUCUCUAAAAAAAAAAACAAUUAGCUGGAUUGGUGGUGCACACAGGUAAUCCCAGCUACAUAGGAGGCUGAGGUGGGAGGAUUGCUUGAGCCCAGGAGGUUGAGGCUGCAAUGAGCUCUGAUUAUGCCACUGCACUCCAGGCUGGGUGACAGAGCAAGACCCUAUCUCAAAUUAAAAAAAAAAAAAAAAAAAGAUCCUGGCCAGCCCAUGUGGUUCAUGCCUGUAAUCCCAGCACUUUGGGAGGCCGAAGUGGGAGGAUUGCUUGAGGUCAGGAAUUUGACGUUACAGUGAGCUAUAAUUGAGCCACUGCACUCCAGCCCAGGUGGCAGAGCAAGACCUCAUCUCUGUUACAGAAAAAAAAAUCCUGAUGCUCAGUACCCUAGACCAACUAUGGGUUGUUUGCUUUUUUUAAAAAAAAGCCUCCCAAGGUAAUUAAAUUUGCCAUCAAGCUUGAGGACCAGCCCACUUGGCAAUCUGUUAGGUGUUUGAUAUUAGCCCAUUUGAUCUUGCCCAAUAACGAUCACUUUACAGAUAGCCUAAUUACAGUUCAGAGAGGUUAAGUAACUUAUACAAGAUCAGAGAGCUAGAAUGUCAUGAAGCCAGAAGAGGAGGCCGAGGGCUGCCUCACUCCCAAACUUGUAUUGCCUCCUCUACCUGCCACCUGCUCAAAGUGUGCUCUGUGGACCAGAAGCAUUGCUGUCUCCUGAGAGCUUGUUAGGAAUGCUUUUUUUUUUUUUUUUUUUAAGAAUGUGUAUUAUCAGGCCCCAUUUCAGAGCUACUGAAUCUGAAACUGGGGUGCAUUUUAACAAGCCCUUCAGAUCAUUCUGAUACAUGGUCAACUUUGAGAACCACAGUUCCGCAAUCUGACUACUCACAACUUGGUCUGGACCAGCAACAGUCGUUAUUACCUGGGAGCCUGUUAGAAUCUCAGGCCCUGCCCCAGCCUUGCUGGACCAGAAUUCGAAUUUUAACAAGCUCUUCAGGUGACUUCUAUGCAUAUUAAAGCUAGAGAAACACUGCUCUGGAACACUGGCUUGCAAACUUGCUGUACAUUAGAAUCAUUUUCUGAUGUGUGGGUCUCAUUACUAGCGAUUCUGAUUUAAUUGGUUUGGGAGUUAGCCUGAGAAUCAGAUUGUAAAAUCCCAAGUGCUUCUAAUAUGCAACUGUUUGAGACCCUUACACCAGUUUGUCUGUUAGUGUAGAUGUCCUGAAGAUGAUUGUAAUCAGAGAGAGAAAGGGAGAAUGCUUACCAGGUCUAACAAGGAGCGCAGGAGAUGGAGCCUCUGCUGGACCAGAUGACUGCUCUAGCCACCUACCCUCACGCUGCUUGCUUAUCUGCAAGUGCUGAGUUCCUGGUAUCCACAAGGUGAUACCUGCAGAUUUAUCCUCUGCAAAAAUGCAGGGCUGGGCUAUCUGAAGUCUGGUCCAACCAAGGCCCCUUCCCCAUCGUAUGCUUAGAUGUCCCCAGGAAUUAGCCCCAACUUGAAAGGCGAUCAUGGGUCUGGAAAACACUGUGCCCACAAGAACUGGACUGGUUAUUACCAGGCUAGGGUUUCAACCCUCCCUCUGUUCCCUUGAAGCAGCUGGUUGGAGAUACGGUCUGGAGGGAAAACAGAAUUUGGUCUGAAGGAUGAAGGAGGCAGGCAAGGUGUGGGAUGAUGGAAUGAAGAUGGUAGCUUUUUGGUUUUUUUUUUUGAGACACAGUCUUGCUCUGUCACCCAGGCUAGAGUGCAAUGGCACAAUCUCGCCUCACUGCAACCUCCACCUCCUGGGUUCAAAUGAUUCUGCUGCCUUAGCCUCCUGAGUAGUUGGGACUAUAGGCAUGCACACACACAUGUGUGUGUGUGUGUGUGUGUGUGUGUGUAUUUUUAGUAGAGACGGGGUUUCACCAUGUUGGCCAGGCUGGUCUCAAACUCCUGACCUUGUGAUCCACCCGCCUCAGCCUCCCAAAGUGUUAGGAUUACAGGCAUGAGCCACUGUACCCCACUGACGGUAGCUCUUUAUUGAGUGUUUAUUGCAUGCCAGACACUCUCCUAGGGAACUUUACAUGCAUUAUUUCACCCAAUCUUUUGCAAAAAUUGUGUGAAAUCAGUAUUACUACUUGUGUUUCACACAGAGAUAUUAAAGUCCUUACUCAACCACUACCCUCAGUAAGAGGUAAGUAGUACCUGCCUAUGAACCCAGGCAGCUGAGCUCCCAACAUGAUACCUAAACGCUAAGCUAUACGGUGGGGUUGGGUGGGUGUGUGGGGGAAUGCAGUUAAGAUGCAGCACCCCUGAACAGAUGCAAUCUGUGGAGCACAGAAAGGACCCACUAGCUCAAAAACAUCACCACGGUGAUCAGUAGUGCCUGGAACGCCUCCAUUAGCAUUCUUUAUCUGAUUUUAAAAACAAUCUUUUAGCAUUUCCAUUAAAUGGCAAAUAUGCUAUUGAGAGAGAAGCACAUGAAAUCCUUAUGCCCAUUAUCACAGCACAGAUUAAUUUGUUGGAUUAAUGGGCUGCACCAGCUGGAGAAAGAGUUGGAAAUUUCUGGAGGUGGCCAGGCGGGAGAGGGCGGGCAUGUGAAGGGGGCUGUGUAGAGUGACUGCCACCUGGUGGUCAUCUUACAGAACUGGCGGUCACUGGCGCUGAGAGACCCAGCACCAUUUUCCCAGAAGGAAGAUGUAAGCCUCUGUUUGGCCUUAGGCCAAAGAGACAGAAGGGAAUUUACUCUGUUCAUAUGUUUUGUAAAAUUUGCAAAACAAAUAUAUUUUAAUUUUUUUCUUGAAACAGAGUUUCACUCUUGUUGCUCAGGCUGGACUGCAAUGGGGUGACCUCGGCUCUCUGCAAUCUCUGCCUCCCAGGUUCAAGCGAUUCUCCUGCCUCAGCCUCCUGAUUAGCUGGGAUCACAGGCAUGUGCCACCACGCCCAGCUAUUUUUUUGUAAUUUUAGUAGAGACAGGGUUUCGCCAUGUUGGCCAAGCUGGUCUCAAACUUCUGACCUCAGAUGAUCCACCCACCUUGACCUCCUAAAGUGCUGGGAUUAUAGGCGUGAACCACUGCACCUGGCCAGAUUUUUUUCUUAAGAGGGCCACUGUUAAGAUUAGAUAAGCUUCAGGCCCCAUAAAACCAGCAUCUACCCUGAAGAGCUGAGACUUGGAGUCAGCUGUCCUUUCUAGAGAGUAAAAGAGUCACAAUUCUUUAUCAGGACAAGAGGAUUAUUUCAGGGACUCUAGUGUCAGGAACUGUGAAGCUCAGUACAAACUCAGCACAUGCCUCCUUACUCUGACCUUGCCAUUCAAAGUGAGGUCUGUGGUUACAGUGACCAACUCUCCUGGUUUCCCUGGAUGCAGAACUUUCUUUUCCAAAACUGGGAAAGUCGUGGGCAUAUUUGGGCUGGUCGGUUAUCCCAACUGCAGAUUUGCGGCAUCGGCAUCAACCUGGAAGCUUGUUAGAAAUGCAGACCCAGACCUACCGACACACUGCAUUUCCAAGAUCCACAGCAAACGCAUGUGCAUAGUAAAGAUCGACUUACUGUGGCUUCCACGGGAAGAGAAGGGCCCACCCCGGCCCUGAAAUGUAUGACUUCAGGGGGUUUUGUGGGCUGCAAAACCCCACAGAGUGAUUCUAACUGGCAAUUCCAACAAUAAAAAGCCAGCUUCUUGCUCCAGGCCCAGCUGGCCUGCUUUUCCCUGGUCACAGUGACAGAGGCCUCCCAGGGCAUAAAGUACUUAUUUCUCUGCCUGAACUGGAGUCUUCCUGGGGGCAAGCCCAAGUUUGGUGAGGAAAAGAGUGGGUAGCCAAAUAAAAAUAGCUCUUAGGCUGGGCAUGGUGACGCACACCUGUAACCCCAGCAGCUCACACUUGUAAUCCCAGCACUUUGGGAAGCUGAGGUGGGUGGAUCGCCUGAGGUCAGGAGUUUGAGACCAGCCUGGCCAACAUGGCAAAACCCUGUCUCUACUAAAAAUACAAAAAUUAGCUGGGUGUGGUGGCACAUACCUAUAAUCCCAGCUACUCAAGAGGCUAAGGCAGGAGAAUCGCUUGAACCCAGGAGGUAGAGGUUGCAGUGAGUUGAGAUUGCACUAUUGCACUCCAGCCUGGGUAAAAGAGCAAGACUCCAUCUAGAAGAAAAAAAAAACAAAAAAAAAAAACCAGAAAAGAAAAGAAAAAGAAAAUAGCUUGUAUGUUGUUAGGUGAGAAUUUUUUUCUUUUCUUUUCUUUUUUCUUUUUUUGAAAGAGAGUCUCGACUCUGUCACCCAGGCUGGAGUGCAGUGGCACAAUCAUAGCUCACUGUAGCUUCGACUUCCUGGGCUCAAGCGAUCCUCCCACCUUAGCCUCCUGAGUAGCUGGGACUGCAGGCACAUGCCACCAUGCCUGGCUGAUCUUUUGAUUUUUAAUAGAGACAAAGUCUCUCUAUUGCCCAGGCUGCUCACAAACUCCUGGGCUCAAUUGAUCCUCCCACCUCGGCCUCCCAAAGUGCUAUAUUACAGGCAUGAGUCAGGCAGCCAGCCUCAGCUGAGAUUUAACUGCAGGACACUGUUGCUCUGAAGCAUAGUCAGAAGUCACUAUCACUCGUAUUAACUGAGUCGUUACCAUACACCAGGCACUGUUUUAAGCACUCAGCAGGAAUGAACCCACUGGUACCUCGCUACAAACCCUCUGCAGGUGCUAUGAUUAUCUCCACUUUACAAGUGAGGAAGCUGAGGCCCAGAGGACUGUAAAAGAGAACUAUCUGCCAACGAGGCACAGAGGAUGGCCAGAGUGGAAAUGGCCAGGAUGUGCAGGGAAUGGUGAGGUAGGGGAUUAUUUCUGUUCAACCACAGCUCUCUCCCUAUCUGUGUGUCUGGGGAAGGCCUCAAAGGAAAGCUGGGCCUGGGAGGGAGGGAGGACUGGAUGUGGACAGGCAGUGAAGGGAGGCCUGAGAUCCCAGCAUCCUCAUUUUUCCUAACUUGGCUUUAUUUAUCCAUGCUGUUCACUGGAAAACUUGAAGAGCUCUGGGCCAAGCACCAGGCCAGGUGUGGGGAGGCAGAGCUAUAAGUCCUAGUUCCUGCCCUCAAAAAGGCUCCUGGAGCCAGACUCAGAGAGGUCAACAGUUACAAGACACACAGAGCCCUGAAAGAGAUAAGCGGAGGGAGGGAGGGAGGGAGCAGAUAUGGGCACUCACCCCGUCUUUCUGUGUUCUGGGGGCUGAAAAGCUUUCUCAUCUGAACUGACUCUUGAUAGUUCCUUGAAGCUAGGAAUGGGUCUGAAGGGAGCUCUUAGGAGAGAGGGCACAAGCCCAACAGCCUGAAGGACAGAGAAGGCACUCUGCCUCCUUUUUUCUCUUUUGAGAUGGAGUGGUGCUCUGUCGCCCAGGCUGGAGUGCAGUGGCAUGAUCUUGGCUCACUGCAAUCUCCACCUCCCAGGUUCAAGCCAAUUCUCUUGCCUCAGCCUCCCAAGUAGCUAGGAUUACAGGUGCCCACCAACAUGCCUGGCUAAUUUUUGUAUUUGUAGUAGAGACAGGGGUUUCGUCAACUUGGCUGGUCUCGAACUGCUGACCUCAAGUGAUCCACCCACUUGGCCUCCGAAAGUGCUGGGAUUACAGGCCACUGCACCUGGCUGCCCCCUCCUUUAAUAGUCCUCCAUGCCCUUCAUCCUCUUGGUCCUGCUAAUUGCUCCCUGAUUUUAGCUGUCUGCCACAGGUGAGUAGCAGCAUUCAUGCUUUCAUCAAUAUGCUGGGAAUUUCACUGACCAAAGCUGUUCCACUGUUGGGGAUGCUCUUCCUCAUUUUGUCUGACAAAUUCCCACACACUAGAUUUUAUUUAUUUUUGUUACCCAGGAUGGAGUACAGUGGUGCGAUCUCGGCUCACUGCAACCUCUACUUCCUGGGUUCAAGUGAUUCUCCUGCCAUGGCCUCUCAGGUAGCUGGGAUUACAGGCAUGUACCACAAUGCCCAGCUGAUUUUUGUUUUGUAUUUUUAGUAGAGACCAGAUUUCGCCUUGUUGGCCAGACUGGUCUUGAACUCCUGACCUCAAGUGAUCCACCCGCCUUGGCCUCCCAAAGUGCUGAGAUUAUAGGCAUGAGCCACUAUGCCUGACCUCCAUGCACUAUUUAAAUUAGGGCACUAUCACAAAGAUGUGGGCAGAGUGAUGGGAAGCCAGAAAGGAUAGCCUAGACCGCAUAGCUAAUAACAGCAGGGCACAGCUUGCUAACUAUGUCUAGGCUUGAAGGGGCAGGGGAGGGACGGUGGCUGGAACCUAGUGAGAGAGCUGUGACUUUAUGUUCUAGAACUUUAUAUUCCAGGACGGAACCAGGGAAAUAAGGUCUACUUCACUCUUCUCCUUCCUUCAGGUCCCCUGCCAACGCCUUGCAUUGGCAGCACCAGCUGGAAUCCAGCCAGAAGCAGAGGGCAAGGGGCUGGUGGAUGCAGGCCACAGAAGUCAGCCUCCCGGGGCACAGAGCAGGGUGAAGGAUGGCAGAGAGUGGGUGUGGAACUGCUUGGGCAAAUGGAAAGUAUUCAGCACUUACAGAUCAAUGUUAGGAGCUGAGCUGUGUCUCCCCCAAAUUCAUACAUUGAGGUCCUACCUCCCAGUACCUCAGAAUGUGACUAUAUUAGGAGAUAGUCUUUAAAGGGGUAAUUAAGUUAAAAUGAAGUCAUUAGGGUGGACCCUAAUCCAAUAAGUCUGGUGUCCUGAGAAGAAGAGAUUAGGACAAAACCCUCCCACACAAAGGAAAGACCAUGUGAAGACAUGGGAGAAGAAAGCUGUCUCCAAGGCACAGAGAAAGUAGCCUUGUGCAGAAUAAACCAAACUUGCAGACACCUUGAUCUUGGACUUCUAGACUCCAGAAUAGGGAGAAACUAAGUUUGUGUGUAAGCCACCCACUCUGUGUGUAAAUGGUGUUAGGGCAGGCCUAGCAAACCUCAUGCAAUCAACAAGCUAUUCAGCACAUAACUUCAUAUUUGUGUAUUUGCCUGUCUUCUCUACUGGACAGUUGGAUUCUCUAAGACUCAGAAUAGUCAGGUAGGUGUUUACAUGUUUAUGGAAUGAAUGAAUCAUCCAACAAGAAAGUAAAACAAGUAGGGCAAUCUAUGAAAUAUUAUCAAAAUGCUGCGGUCCAGGCAGCAAUGGUGGAUGGCACAGCACAGCAGCACAGCAGCAGUAUCGAUGCUGUUCCAGCCAUCAGGUGUGCUCGUGUUGCUCACAGGCACUCACUGUGUCCCAGGGGCUGUGGUUAGUGCUUUGUAUGAAUGAUCUCUUUUACUUUAGCAACAAGCCAUGAAGAUAGUUGACACUGCCAUCCAUAUUAUUAUUUUUGAGAUAGGGUCUCAGCUCUGUUGCCCAGGCUGGAGUGCAGUAGUAUGAUCAUAGCUCACUGCAGUCUUCAACUCCUGAGCUCAAGCUAUCUUCCCACCUCAGUCCCCUGAGUAGCUGGGACUACAGGCACGCACCACCACACCUGGCUAAUUUAAUUCUUUUAUUAUUAUUAUUAUUAUUAUUAUUAUUAUUAUUUUACAGACUGGCUCUCACUAUGUUGCCCAGGCUGAUUUUGAACUCCUGGCUCAAGCAAUCCUCCCACCUUAGCCUCCCAAAAUGUUGGGAUUACAACCAUGAGCCACUGAGCCCAGCUUCACAUUUUAAUAGUUGGAGAAACAGAGGCUUGAAAAGUUACAUAACUUGCCCAGAGUGAUGCAAUUAGUGGGCACGUCUACAAUGAGGCAGUGACUACAAUGGGGCUGAGGGGUGUUGUGGAAGAACAUGGCCUUUGGAGUUUACAAAUCCUUAUCUGUAAGAUUAUCAGCACAUUACCUAGGGCAGCAGGUGGUUGAACAACUGAAUGAGAUACUUGUUCCUUGGUGCCUCCUGUGGCACAGUGGUGCAUGGUGUAAGUGCCCCAGCCCCUCAUGGCCUUGGGAGGCUGUGGUCCCUACUCAAGAAGAUAGCUUUUAAUGUCCAUUCUGCCUGCCCGCUGCUGCCCAACAGCUCCCUCCUGUAUUAUGAAUGAAUGCUUCUUGGGUGUGUAUUUCUCGUGCAGCCUCGGAAGGCUGUUUAUCAAUAAUGCUCCCAAUAUCCCCAAAAUACCCCCAGUCUGCCUGCCAAUAUUCUGCUCUCAGUCAUAGAAGUAGGCUGGAAAGGGAAACUUCAAAGGCGUGGAAGAGGAAUGGACCACUCCAAGAUUAGAGAGAACAUUUCUGCCUUGCAGUUCUUCCCCUAUUGAGGGUUUGGGUCUUUGGCUCCUCUCCCUGAUCUUGAAAUAAACCCUUUAACUCUU